GAAAUGAAUUCCUACCUCGGGCUGAUCCUGGAGCAGGGACUAUGAGUCAGGACUCGUGCGUGCUGUUGCUAGCUCUGUUCCUGCCCUGUAAUCCCAGGUAAGCCAGUUCACUUUCUGGAGCUCUGGUUUUGCCGUGGGUGAACUGGGGGCAGCCGCGUUGGCUCACCCUGCAGAUAGGUUGUGAAGAUGGGUGUUUUUUUGGCGUUGUCAGGGUGAGCGCAGCUGUCAGCACUGAGCAGUCUAGAUAAGAAUAAAAUGAGUAAAUAGGAGCUCAAAUCCAAUUUGGUGUGAGCUGGAUUGCGGAGUAAGGUAACAGACUGGCAUCUUUAAUGCUCUGAGUGUCCCUCUGCUGCUGUGGCAGGGGCCCCAACGUUAUCUCAUUAGGUGCCUGGUUACAUGAAGAGAGAAAUCAUUAACUAGGGAGAGGGAUCUGGGACCCAUCAGGCACAACUCAAGCGUCCGAGGCCACUUGCUAACCCUGGAUACACAGGGACUAAGGGAAAAGGAGCAUUAAAAUCUCAAUUUAAAUGGAAAUUGGAGGCUGCUCCUAGAGAGAAGGAGCAGCAGCUGGCAGCCUGUCCUGAGAGCUCAGACAAGGGGCAAGGCUGAUGGGACUGGUGCUGCAAUUUGGAGGUGAGCUGUUGGGGCUGGCCAGGGCUCAGCUCCCCACCUGAGGAAGCGUGUGUUUGGGGAAGGAGGACCUGAACGGCACCCGGCUGGGGACAGAGGUGGCUGCCCUGGCACGGGGGCUCUGAGCUGCCCCUGGCCCAUGCUGCGGACAGGUCUAAGCGCCUCACCAGGCACCGCUGUGCUUUGCCCACUCUUGUAGCUCCCCCUCCAUUCCCCAGCCCUGCGCAGACAAAAAUCCCGUUUGUCUGAAGCCGCAGCAAGCGUGGUCCCGUCUUCCCGGGGGACUGUUGGUCUCAAGCUCUGGCCAUGGGCUCUAGGCUCCUUCGAGCUCUGCAGGGUUUUUCCUCUUUUCUUUUUUUCCCUGUUCAGUUCCUGCUGCGAUGAUUGAACAGCAAGCACCCCAGAGAUAUUUAGUGCUGUUACAGUGAGACACAGCAGACUGCCCAAAAACGCUGCUGGAGAGUCUGCCGUGGAGAGAAAGGUCUGUGGUUCAUCUCUAAAUGCCAGCAGCAGUGUAAGGGCGGGCUUCGCUGCCAGCACUGCUGUGGUUUGCAGACACGGGACAGUGGCACCAUGUGCCCUGACUCUGGUUUGCAGUGAAGGUAGCUCCUGUUCUGGAAGGCUGCGCUGCUAGUCCUGCGUUCAGGGCUAGUCAUCUCGGCCUGGCUUUAAGGGAAAAAAGAGAGCAGGGCUUUCGUGUCUCAAACCUAGGCUGGAAAUUUUGCCUCCCUGCUUGUAUCCAUGUAGGUUGGAAAGGAUGCUGCAAGGCUGGGAAAAAGGCACUGUCUUAGUCUGUGCGAUCACGAAAUCAAUGCACAUUUUAUUAUGUCGGCCUGGGGCGGACAGGAAGAGUCUGGGAAUUAACUGCGUGCGGGCGGUUGGUGCAGUUGCUGCAGCAGACGGAUGCGGAGUCGUGCCCACCGCUCCUUUCCCGGCUGGGUUGCAGGAGCGUAUCUGGGUGGACGGCGUGGGGCAGGGAACGGCUGUUGCCCUUGAAGAGAUUUUUUUUCAGGUUUAGGAGGAAUGGAUUUAGCAGAGAAAGGGGGAAAUAGUGCAGGGGAGGGGAAUGGGAUGGCUGGUGUAGGUUGCUGUCUUGCCUGACUUUGCUUCCAAAUUGGAAACAUCAGCUGCUCUUCUCAUCAGGCAGAGGCCAGGGUUGGUCUCCAAGGAAAGCAGCUCCAGACAGGGGUCAAGACUGAAUGAGGGUCUCCAGGUGCUUGGAGGAGUCCGGCAGAAGCUUUUGUGAAAUCACAGGCCUGGCUUUCUCAAUCUAUAUGGUAAUUUUGAGCAAUCAGUCAGCUAAGGGGGGAGAGGCAGGAGAGAUUAACCCUGCUGAGGAGGAUUUUGUAAGAACAAGGCCAGAAUCUCUCCUGGUGCCAGCGUGGGGAUGGCUCUGAUGUACCAGCCGUGCUGCCUCGGACUUGCCUGUGUGUCUCUCACAGUGCGUGGAGCGCGUAAAGGAGCCCAGACACAGUUCUUUUCUGCUCCUACAAGAGAAAUAAGGAGGGUAAUGAGUUACCUUUUGAGCAGAUCGCUAACGAACAGUGUGGUUCCUUUUCAUUGGCAUUGCUCCCAUGCUGAAUGGCACCGACUUCUCAUCUGGGAGCAGCUCAGGGCCACAUAGUGACCAAAUGGGGACGCUUUCGCUGAGCUCUGGGACAGAUUACACCCUGGGAAAGCAGUCAGUCUGUGUGAUGCUGUCCUUGUUUCUGUUCUGUGCAAUGUUUCCAAUUCUUGAGACCCUUACUCUUCCAGAAACUGUCACCUGGGGCAAAUUGCCCCCCCGCCCCAGGAUUUAUGCGUUAACUCAUCAAGGAGGGAAUGGGAAACUAGGAGAAUAGUUAGAAAUGUUGAGCACCUGUAAGUCUCAUUGGCUUCACCUGGCACUCCUGAAACAGGCCCAGAUCUCCCAUUAGUCAUCCCGAAACUCAGGCGGCAUCAGAGGCUACUUCUGACUGCUUUAACUGCUUUGUGCCACGGUCUCCCUAAGGAAGAAGACAAGACGGUGAAAAACUCUGGGACUUUUGGCUGGAGGAACCUGUGCGAUUAUGGAAAAGCAUUAGUAUUUCUUUCUGGGGAAAUUGCACUAAGGAUAACGAGCAAGUAAAGGAUGUCCCAGCUUCAAACCUCUUCUAGGUGGUACCUGCUGCUGUGAGCUGCCACCUCCAUGGACUGGGGAUUUGGUGUUUCGGGGCCACGCCACGGGUGGACGUGCCCUGCCCCCCACAAACCAGACCUUCACCCCCUCCUGCUGCCCCUGCCCGGCCUCUGGCAGGGUCCCGGCCUCCCGUCCGCUGCCACCCUGGCGCUGCGCUGCAUGGAUGGCGUUUUCCUCUCGCCCAACGAGGAUGAGUUCGUGGGCAGGAUCGCCGAGGAGCUGGAGCACUUCAUGCUGCAAGGGCAGCACCACAGAGUGCUCCUGUUCCCCCCCCUGUCCAGUCGCCUCAGGUACCUGAUCCAUCGGACCGUGGACAAUGUGGAUUUGUUGAGCAGCUUUUCUGUGGGAGAAGGAUGGAGGAGGAGGACGGUCAUCUGUCACUCAGCUGUAAGGCUGCCCAGCGAGACUGGCGACCAAAAACCCAGCAGCAACCCCCCGAGACCGCACCGACCUCCGCAGCCAUGGGGCCGGGGGGGCCGAGGCGGCAGGCUGCGGCACGGCGGGGAGAUGCACGGAGACAACUCUCGAGCUUGCGUGGGGUCUGGCAGGAUAAAAAGGCCACCCAGGAAGAAGCCAGAUAAAGCGCUGUAUGUCCCCAAGGCGAUGCGCAAGAAGGCAGAAUGGGGGGAGCAGGAGAGCCCGGUGGCAGCUGGCACCGAGUCAGGUGGGAAUAUGGCACGGGAAGAAGAGAUCUGCCCUCAAGUUUCAGUCGGGGAUGCCCAGGAGGAACUGGGCAAGUCUGAAGGCAGCCCAGGUGGUGUCUCCUUGGCCCUUGGCAAGCAACAAGAGCCUGGCGAAGAGUGUGUUUCAGGAAAAAAUAAUGAUGACGCAAACAGCGAAUGUCCUCCAUGUUGUACUGAUGUCCCGUUGUUAGAGAAUAGUAACGAUUUCUCUGGGCAGGAAAGUCAGGAUAAAGACUGUUCAGAUUCCAUUACUUCUGUACACAACAAAAGCCCAACUGAAGCAGAAGAGCAAGAUUUGAGCUGCAACAAUGCUAUUAUACCAGAAGACAGCAAAAUCCUGUGCCAACUGCAAGCUGAAGACCAAAACAGCCGGGAUGCCGGUGUAUUGGAGUGUGGCAAAAACUCCUCCCUAUCAGAAAGUCGUGGCAAUUACUGCUGUACAGACCUGGCUGUAGCAGAGUUGCGUGCAGUGUCGCUGGUGCUGGAAAACCAAGGAAAGAGCUGCACCGCUGCCAAGAGCCUGGAGAGCGGUGGAAACGUGUCACCGCCUGAAGAACAGGGCAAGGACUUUGUGAAUGCUGGCGUGGUGGAGGGAGGCGAGAGUUUCUCCGAACUGGAAAGCCAAGAUCAAGAGUGCCCCAACGCUGCCCAGGUGGAGCAUACCCAAUGCCAGAACCCUCUAGAAGCCCAAAGUGAGCCUCUGGCCGCACCUGAGCCGGUCUGUGGUGCUGACCCAUCAGCUCCUGAGAACCAGAAUGAGCGCUGGGAGGAUGCUCCCGUGCAGAACCGCAGCGGGAAGGUGUCCGUGGCAGAAGAGGAGGACAAGGAGAGUUCGGGCUUGGCCGAUGCGCUGUGUCGUGAGCUGCAUUUGUCCGCAGGCGAUAAAGGGGAGAGCGCGGCCGUCUGCGGACAGGGGAGCCUCGAGGACGACUGUACCGCGGAGCUCUUCGCAGAGAUUGUGGGUUAUUUAACCGUGAAGGACAUAAGCAUUGAGAAGAUCAGCUUUGAUUAUUCCAACUACGGAGAUGCACAGCUCAGCGAGGGGGAUUUUGGCCACGUAACUGAAAUCUAUGACUUCUCCCCAUCGCUGAAAACGGAGCACCUGUUAGAAGUGUUCUCAGAUUUCCAUGAGAGUGGCUUCAAAAUCCAGUGGGUGGAUGAUACGCACGCCCUGGGAAUCUUCUCCAGCCUGUCUACAGCAUCUCAAGCCUUGGGGCGACGUUAUCCUUCUUUAAAGAUCCGACCAUUGAUCCAUGCAACAAAGCAGUCUAAAAUCAAGGCACUUCAGCGACCAAAGCUCCUUCACCUUGCAAAAGAAAGACCCCAGACUGACACUGCGGUGGCGAAGAGGCUGGUGACCCGGGCUUUGGGUUUGAAGCACAAGCAGCAGGGUGUCUUGGGCACCGAAAUGCUCCUACCAGAAAGCUUGGACCAGGAGGAAUAAACCAUCUCAGCUAACAAAAGUUGUAUAGAUGAGCAUGGCUGUGAUAUUAAACUGCAUGCAGAACA